AAUCCAGUCACACUUCGCCCUCUCACAAAAACAAAAAGAAAAAAAAAAAGACAUUUUUGUAAUCUUUCUUCGAUCUUUCUCUGAUUGAGUUUCAUUGUUCUUCUAUGUGUUGUUCUCUUUAUUAUGGGAAAGUCACUUCCAUCUCCAGCUGCACUCCAAGAAUUGUCCAGGGUUAUCUCCACCAACAGACUUCACCGCCGCCAAAUCCCCAAAUCCCCCCGACCCACCACUGUGUCCUCUGCCCAGCCCCCCGCCGCCAACCUUAGUGGGUCCCGGCGACUUGCAUCAAAGGACCAGCAAUUGCCGCAGCUUAGACUUGAAAAUAAGGGGAUGGAGCGGAAGAAAUCGACUUCCAACGACAACUCCACGUCGGCGUCCGAGCAGGGCCGCCGGAUUCCUCUGGCGGAGGCCGUGGCUGAUUGUGUCAAGCGGUGGUUUCAGGACACCCUCAAAGAAGCCAAGGCUGGUGAUACCGCCAUGCAGGUCCUUGUCAGCCAGAUGUAUUAUAGUGGUUAUGGUAUCGCCAGAGACGCCCAAAAGGGAAAGACUUGGAUGAAUAGAGCUUCGAGGGCUCGGUCUUCAGUAUGGAAACUUAGCGAUAAGCAUCCAGGGUAUAAUGCAAGUGACUCGGAUUCUGAGGAUACAAAAGAUGAAGCCAAAUAAGAUGGAAGAAGUCUCUAUUGGUUGAAAGAAAAGAAGAAUGUACAAUAAUUUGUUCUAUGCUCUCCCAUUUUGGCUGGCCUCCUUAACAAGUACGUUACUCAUCUUACUUUAAUUUGUUGCUAUAAAUUCCCUUGCUUGCAGAGCCCUGGAUUAAGGUGCAAAUUCUUGUUAUUAUAGUUACUGGUCUCUCUGCAUGUUGUCUAGCAUAGCAGAUUAGUUAUGGACUGCUGCAAAGAGAUUAAAACUCAGUGUAGCAGAAAAGAUUAAAUCCUCUUGUCUACUCGAAGAACUUCUUGUUCUUUGCAGUGUAUUUUUUUUUUGGUGCUCCAGUGUAUGUAUUUGUUGGGUUUUGAGCCGAAGUUGAGCUGCAGAUUUUGCACCUAGAUACUUUUCUAGUUUCUGUUGGUUUCUUUGCAACUUUGAUGUGUCAGUCAUGUACUUUCUGCCUAUUGGAAUGAGAGAUCAUCCUUCUUUUAUUC